CUUUCACAUCGUCCCUUCUCUAUUUCACUGAGGCCACUCAUCGAGCACUUUGAGUGCGGCGCUAUGGCCCAAGACCUCUUCCUUCCCUCCUUGUCCCAUUUCCUCCGCCGCCACCUCUUUCUCGUUUCCGGCGAGGAACCCUGCGACCCCCACCCGCGGCAGGAGGACGAGCAUCGCUUGGCGGUGCUCACGCGGCGCAUGGCUCGCCACCUCCUCCUGGACGACGCCGAGGUCGACCAGGAGAUGCCGGAGAAGGCCGAGGGUUACCUGGAACGCGGGAUUCUCGGUUCGACGAAGGAGGCUUCUUCGGCGUUACACGAUCUCAAAUGCUUUUUCGAUCCGGCUUCGGCACGCCAGCAACUGCAAGCGGCUAAUUUUCAGCACCUGAAGCGACUCCAAUCGAUGAAUCAGAACUCCAAUUCGAGGCAGAGCAAAAACAGAGGUUGCGGACGUGGAAAUGGCUGCCCCUUAGAUCUGCCGCCUUCCGCGUGGCCGCCUCUGCUAAAGCCACCUCCGCCACUGCCGCAUCACCGGCGGGCGAUGCUCCUCGGCACCUCCCGCAAGGAGUCCGUUGGCACCGGCGUUUUCCUCCCCCGAGUCGCCGCCGCCAAAUUCGUGCCAAGGAAGAAGUCCAUUCAUUACAAAAAGCGUCAAGCUUCAACUCUGAAUCUGAGCUUAAACGCAGCAGCAGCAGCAGAUGCGCCAGUCGCAGCGCAGGAGACUGAACUUCCCAAAGAGUGGACGUACUGACUUCGUCUCUCUUCAGACAAUAGCAGUUCAAGCAGUGCAGCUGUUCUAAAUUUUGCGGAAAGAAAAGAUAUUAUUUGUUUAUGCUUUUCCCUUUCUUUUUCUUUUUAAUGUUCAGUUGAUGUAAAUCGCCAUAUCGCCGGAGAGUGUUCUGUCGGCUAGCGACGGUGGUGCGGGUAAAAAAGGUUCAUGAACUCCAAUAAUAAAAUUUUAUAUUUAUCCACUUAAUAAAAGGUAAUAUUUUAUGCGAUA